AUGAACGCUCAAACAGACAACCUUACAGCAAAGUUGGUGGACAACCUUAUAGAAGAUGAAGCUGAGAGAGAGACUCUUCUUGCCAAACCCACCUGCUUCAUCAUAGUGGGGAGACCGGGUGUUGGAAAAUCCACCUUGGCCAAAAUAAUUGCAGAGUCCUGGAAAUGUAUCUUAAUCGAUGAUACAGAUCUGCUUAACACGCACAUUAAAGAUAAAACAGAGCAAGGCAUAAAGCUCUUGAAUGUCUUAUCUGGUGGAGGAAGCAUACCAGAAGACACGGUGCUGCAGCUGAUUCUUGACAGACUUAACUCACCAGAUGUUGAGCACUAUGGGUAUGUUCUGAGCUGCCUGCCAUUCUUGUCAGAAGAGUGUCUGAAGAUUCAUGAGCAGAUUGAGCUGAUCAAAAACCUCAAACUAACACCUGAUUUCAUCAUCAACAUCAAGUGUGCAGACAAGGACCUGGUCCAUAGGCUGUCAGGUCUGAAGCAGCACCCAGAGACAGGGCAGCUGUACAAGAGGGAUCAGUGGCAGCGUAAGGAGGUGUUUAACAAGAAGAAGGAGAACAGCGAUGAGGAAGCGGAGGAUGAGGAGGAGCAGGCUGUGGAGGAGGAACUCCAAAAGGAUUUUAUUGACCAGAUGGUGUGGACACCAGAGAACUUGCCCAGAAAUGCCUUUUCUAGAAUCAACAUGUACAAGGAUACCAUGCUCAGACCACUGGAGGACUACAUGACGGACCACAAUCUCCUUUACCUGUUAGAGCUUGAUGGAAACAACACACCUGAAGAGCUGCACUCGUCUGUUAUGUCCCGUCUUGGAUCCAUGGCAAUAAAGCGUGUCUCCAUUCCUGUCCUCCUUCCCCAGACUGAUGAAGAAGAAUUAUCAGAAGAUAUUGACACGGAGAACCUACUGAGGGUAAUGUCUUCCACCAAGCCAGUUGCCCCUGGCUUUAGAUGGAGAAGGAGCCGCUGGGGCCGAACUUGUCCUGUUGCUCUGAAAGAGGGCAAGGUCAUUCCUGGCAUUCCUGAAUUAAGUGUGGGCUUCCAGGACAAAAUGUACAUCCUGUCAUCUCAGGAGGCUUACCAAAAGUUUAUCACAAACCCCCGGCGGUACUUACUUCCUCCAAUGCCCAGGCCUCCUUGCAGAGUUUCCAUCAUUGGACCUCCACAAGCGGGGAAGAGCACUCUAUGUAAGCUUCUAGCUCAGCGCUACAAUGCACUGGUGCUUGAUGCAGAGGUAUUGGUGCAGCCCGUUCUGGCUAAGGUUGAGCAGGAGAGGCUUGACAAAAUCAAAAAGGAGACAACACAGGUCGCUAUAGAGAAUGUAAAGAAGAAGAUGGAGCAGGAUGGCGCACCCAAGUCGGUGACAGAGGAUCAUCCAGAGGUACAAGCCAUGGUCCUCAGUGCGCUGGAAGAAGCUAAACAUAUGAGCACAUCUCCCUUUGGCCUGUAUGCUGAGGUACUGGAGACGCGUAUAAAAGAGAUUGAAGAGGCUGACACUGAUGCAGAUGCCAGGACUGGCUGGGUGCUUGACAACUUUCCCAAAAACUUUUCCCAAAUGGGUGCCUUACAGCAAGCUGGAAUCCAGCCAGACAUCCUCUUCUGGCUCAGUGACAGUGAUGGAAAUCAGGUUCUGAAGAGAUUAUACGAGAUGAACAAGGAGAGCGUGGACAAAGCAGUAAGGAAGAGGUUGCAGGACAAACAAUCUAAGAAGGAGAAAGCAGCCUUAAACCAGAAGUCAGUGGUAGAGGCCCAGCCAGCAGAACCGCAAACAAAUCUACAGACAGUUGUCGAAGAGAGUGAAGCUGUGGUUCUACCUGAUCAUUGGGAGUUGGGUUAUCCAGAUGGCCCGGAGAUGAAUGACUAUAAACAGCAACUGCAACAGUUUGUGAUCCAAUGGGAGAAAAUGCAGUCCACUUUAACUGUUGCCCACUCAGAACUAGAGAUUGGUGGCAAAAGCCCAGAGGACCUGCUUCAAGAGAUAGUCCUUCAGAUGGAAAAACCCUUUAAUUAUGUGUCCUGGGAGCUGUCAGCCAUAGACCUGGAAGAGGAGUCAGAAGAUAUCGAGGCCUUAACUGAGCUGGAGAGAGCUGAGGAAGGCAGCAGUGACAAUGACACAGCAGAGGAGGAGAAUGAAGGGGACACAACAUCCAAGAGAUUAUUUGGCGAUACCCAUCAUUUCUGCCCUGUGGCCCUAAAACACCACAAUGUCCUCUUGCCCUGUAUGGACGAAAUAGCAGCCAAGUACCGCGAGAAGACCUUCUGCUUCUCUAGCCUCGACGCUAGGGACUCCUUCCUUGAAAACCCUGCACACUUUGUCGCACAGACUGGGCCUCUCAAGCCUCCUGCCCUGCGGAUCUUUUUGCUUGGCACCCGAGGGUCAGGCAAGACCACGCAUGGUGAGUGGCUCGGCCAGAAGUUGGGCAUCUUCCAUAUUCAGUUCAGGGAGCAACUCCAAAUGCUCAUCAUGGCCAAAACAAAGCAGCGGGUUCCUUAUGCUGACGAGAUUGAGUCUUCAGAGGAGUCUGAAGACUUGGAGGCCCUGAUAAAGGAAGCCAGGGGGGAGGACGAGGAAGAGACAGAGGACCCCUCUGACAACACGAAUGACAUAGAGCAGGAAGUGGUACUGACUGAUGAGGAAAAUGCCAUCAAAGCCUACCUGUCUGAUGGAGAAGCCCUCAGUCCACAGAUCCUGGAUAUGGUUAUUGAACCAUACUGGAAACAGGAACCAUACAAGUCUACGGGUUUUAUUUUGGAGGGCUUCCCUAACAAUCCUGAUGAGGUGAACUACAUGUCGCAGCAACAGCUUUUUCCUGACCUUGUGGUAACCAUGGCGGUGGAAGUCUCGGAGGUUCAGAAGCGUCUGUUGCCUACAUACCUGGAGAAAUGGCGUGAGCAGCGCAACCGGCGUGAAGCACAGCUGACCCUCCUUCGUGAUAUACGCAAGAAGAACCGGGAGGAGAACAUUGCCAAGAGAAGAGCUGAACUCAUGGCAGAGCAAGGCGAUAAGGCAGACCAAACAAAGUCCGGGGAUCAUGAGGAUGAAGAAGGUGAUGAAGAGGAUGAAGCUGCAGGCAACAUUGAGGAUGAGGUAGAGGCCAUGCUGGAGGAGGAGUUUCCUUCAGAAGAGGAUAAUGAAUACGCAGACAAUGAGGAGACUGAGGAGGCAGCGUCUGCGAAACUGGAGAUGGAGAUAGAAGAGCGUUUUGGGACAGAUGAAACCAACCUCGCUACUCUGACGGAGCUCCUGACUGAACAAAACAUACCAAAAAUGUCAAUCAGUGCAUCUCGCAAGAUCCGGAUGGUGCAGCAUCAGUUGCUUCAGAAAAUUCAGCCUCUGCUGUCCAACAGGGAGUCACUCUUUCAAAAAUGCCGGCCUGUCUCAUACAGCCUGGCACAUAAGCUGCUGCUCUCCUCUUACAAGCUCCACAGUGCCUUUGGCUGCUGGGACCCCAUAAAGCAAUACAAAGAGAGAGAUUUGAUCCAGCCUCUGCAGUGGCCUCUCAAUACCACAUUUCCUCUCAUCUUCCAUCAGUACAUCUACUUCUUUGCGUCAAAGGAGAACCGCAAAACAUUUAUGCUCAACCCCUUAAAGUACCUUAGACAGCCAAAGCCCACUCCGUGCCUUCCUGUUAAAAUGGCUGUUGUUGGACCACCUAAAUCAGGAAAAACGACAAUGGCACAGAUAUUUGCUCAGAAAUAUGGCUUGGCCCGGCUGUCCAUCGGCAGUGUUGUACGUAUGGUGCUUAGCACCCAGGAGGAUACUGAUCUGGCUGUCCACAUAAAAAAGCAUCUCUCCCAGGGAAGUGUUGUGCCUGAUGAACUGGCCAUUCAGUGUCUGGAGGUGGCGCUUAUGAGUUCAGUAUGCAGCACUCGAGGGUAUGUGUUGGAUGGCUUUCCUCAGACACUUAAGCAGGCAGAGUUGAUGGGGUCUCGGAGCAUCAUCCCAAUGAUAGUAGUUGAGCUGGAGCUGGACACAGUGGAGGUGCUGAAGAAAGGCCUUGUGGACAAGAUGAAGAGCAACAAGCCUCACCUUAUGCACGACAGCUCCGAGAUCCUCCACAUUCGUAACUCAUGUUACAAGCAGGAGGUGGAGCAUGUGAGGCAACACUUCCGGCAACAAUAUCAGAACUGGAUCCAGCUCGAUGGGUUAAAGAGCAAAUGGUGGAUCUGGAACAGCAUUAUAAAGGAGGUCAGCAUCAGCAUGAAAUAUAUCCACAGCUACCUGGAGAGGAUGGGCAGCAGGCAAGCAGCCUGCAUCAACAGACUGUGCAUCACACCCAAGGAGCUGCAGUAUCGGCUUGGAGAGUUUGGCCAGUACUGUCCCGUCUGCCUGGCUCUACAGUACCACCUGGUGGAUUGCUCUGAAACUGCGGACUUAACUCAUGCUGCUGAGCACAGGGGACGCUAUUACAAGAUGUGUGGUGAAGACCAUCUAGAGCGGUUCCUGGUCACUCCAGAUCAGUUUGUGACUCCUAGCUGCCCACGCACUCUCCCAGAACCCCACCUGCUGCCAAGAAAGAUAACUGAGAGUCAGGUGAAGAAGAGGUUCCCACAGCAAGUUGAGAUGAAAGGCUUCUGCCCGGUCACUUAUCUGGAUGGGAGGCGAAGGUAUGAAGCUCUGGUUCGAGGAAAGAUGGAAUAUGCUGUGGAAUACAGAGAACGGAUCUACAUUUUUGAAACGAAGGAGAAACAGGCCAAGUUUUUGAGGAUUCCUGAAACUUACUGCGACCAGAAGCUGCCCAGUAAAAUUCCUCCUCUCUGUGAGCCUGUACCCCUCACUUCCCUUCCAACAUUGGGCUACCUGGAACAGGGUGUGGCAGUAGCAGUCAUCAAGGCAAUGACAGCUGUUGGUUGUCUCAAACCAAAGUAUCCCUUCCUCAGUAUACAAAGAUCAGCACUUCUCUAUUUGGCCUUCUAUCUGAAAGCUUUCAACCACAAGAGCACGGACUACACCAGCCAGAAGUACAAAAAGAAACUUGCCUUGUUUGAAGAGAACUGUGCACUCAUUCCAUACCUGACCUCAACAAUGAGAGGGAACUACAGGCCUCCCAGUGAACGUCCCAUUGACUUUGAGUUCAAACUGAAUAGGUUCCUGGCUUUGGGAGACUUGCCAGGAGCCAGCAGUGUGCUUUAGUUGUGCCUGUUUUGAAAAACCUUGACUGCUGCUAGUUUAUGUUGACUGUGUGACAGCAAAGGGAUUUUAAAGUAAGCUGCUGUUAGAGUUUAUUUUUAUCAAGAGCUGCAUGUAAUAAAGCAUCCU